UGCGUCUGCCCUGACGUCGGUAUGAGAACGUAUGGUUAUUUCCCUGUGUGUCUACACUUCAGGAAGCGGGUGAAGAGUUAAAUGCUGGCAUUAUAGUGCAGAGUGUGUGAGCGUGCCAGAGGAUAAGUAGGUGCAAGAAAAGAGGAGAAGAUAAAUCAGAAGUAAAAGAGGCUAAAAGGAAGGAAACAAAACAAUGGCAAACAAGACAGGAACAAGGAACAAAGGAGACCGUUACGGAGCAGAGGCCAACACCAUGACAUACCGGCUGUUUGAGGGGAAGGAUCACGCCUCGGCCUACCAAAAGUACCGCUUCACACCUCCAGAUGAGCUCAAGAACAUCAUCAUUCAAUACCUUGAUAAAAAGAAGGGACAGCCACAUGUGCUGGCAGUAGAUCUGGGAUGUGGGACAGGUCAGAAUUCCCGCUUAAUGGCACCGCACUUCCAGGAAGUGUUGGGCAUCGACGUCAGUGAGAGCCAAUUGGAGGAGGCCAGAGCUGUGCCAGGCUACCCUAACAUCACAUACAGGAAGGGGACAGCGGAGGAGCUGCCUUUUCCAGAUGGUUCAGUAGACUUGCUGACAGCAGCGUCAGCAGCCCACUGGUUUGACCAGUCCAGGUUCCUGGCUGAGGCAACUCGGGUUUUAAAACCCCGGGGUUGUGUCGCUCUGCUGGGCUUCAGUGACACCAACACAAAACUUCACUACAAGGACUGUGGAGAAAGACUCAAUCACAUCUAUGAAGAGGUGAGGCAGGUGCUGUUGCCAUACACUAACAAUCAGGUAGCUGUAUCUGAGGGUAAGCUGCAGGAGCUCUACUCAGCCAUCCCUUUCCCCGACAAAGAGAGAAUUGAGCAUAUUCGGGUGAGCUCGAUCUCGGUGAGCAGCCUGGUGGGUUUCAUCGAGUCCUGGUCCAUGUUCCAAGGUUACAAGAAGAAAGAUCCCCAGACUGCUGAAGAACUGCUGCUUAAUACUCAGAAGAGGUUCCUGGAGGAGAUGGGAGUCGUGUCUCCUGACGCUGAAAUAGAGCAGCAACUGGAAUAUUUCUGUGUCCUGGCAUCAAAACCACAAUAAUCAACAGUGUGGCAUUGGGUGUGUGUGUUUUGAGGGAGAGUUUGUGAGGCUUAGAUGUUGCAAUUUACAAUUUAGGAACUUCAAGAGGUUUAACUAUUGAUACUUGAAGGAGGGCGCUUGUUGAAUAUGGACAUUUUUAAAUCAACCCUGUUCCCCCCCCCCUGAGUAGAAUUGUUUCCCCGGUGAUUGUCUUGUGUAAUGCAAGUGGUUAAGUCAGCUGAUGAAUACCUUUGACCAGACUUACCAUAUAAUACUGCUUUUUGUCUUAAGGAAGAAUGUUUAAUAGUUUACAGUUUACAUACUGGUAUGUCGAGAUAUACAUCAAUAAAGCAUCUGACUGAGGUAACCAGUACUGUA